AUGGGAGGGAAUGAUGGGUGGAUUACGUGGAAAUUAUUGGCCGGCGGUAGCUCCAUCAUUGCCCUGUUAGGCGAUGGAUCAAUUACGAAAAAAUAUGCCCAUGGCGGUGGACUGAUCACUGAGAACUACACCUAUGGCAGUGGGCUGAUAGAUCUGAGCAAGAGGUGCCACAUGAGCAACAACUUGGCAUCAGAGCCCCCUUCUUCUGUGGUGUCCUUCAGCUCAUAUGCUGAUUCGUACAUGUCUGCAUCCUCGUCUACUUCGUGCUCUUCGGUUGACUUUGGGUACAAUCUGUUUACUUCGUAUGGUCUACUUCUUGGCUCGGGCAACCAGGCGUGGCAUCCGCCCAUGCUUCCCCCUGACCAAUCUCCACAUUUCAUACAUCCGCCCAUGCUUCCCCCCGACCAAUCUCCAUGUUUCAUACAUCCACCUAUGCUACUCCCUGAUGAAUCAUCCGGUAUGUUCCUUCACCCACCCAUGCUCCACCAAGACGACACGGACAUGAUACGAGCCCAGUUGACAACCUAG